AUGCAGCAACCACAGCAGCAUCCCACGUCCACCACUCCGCAAGAUGCACAACAUGCGCACCUUUCACGUGUAAAAUUAUCCAGCUCAUCACACGAACCAUUACAGGAAUUAACACUCAGAUCUAUAUACAGCAAAUCACCCGCAAAUACACAGACUCGAGCACCAGCACAUUUGCCAGCCGAGGUUGAAAUCUCAAAUGUGCUGUCCCAAGCUGGGGCACCGCAUACGUCCCUCUUUGGGAGUUCUGUGCCGUCCUCGACUAUUCCUUGGGGCACACCAUAUAAGCCUGCUGUUCGACAUGCGUCUCACCCUGCCAGUCGGCUAUGUCAGGACUUCCACUGGGUUCCCUACCCACUCGGCCUCUUACCGUAUGACUCGUGGUUCAGACUGCAUCAUCGGCCAGAACAUGCGGAGGGAAAGUCUCUAUUGUGCCCAGUAUGUCUAAAAGAGCGCAAGGUGACGCCCCAUGCGCGGAAGGUAUUCCUGGUUGCAGAGCGUCUGUCAUGGCACGACAAAUCGACAUCUAUCCACGACAAGAGUUUGAACGAGGAAUUAAAUUGGGCCGUCAACUACGAACUAGGAAUUCUGGAUCCAUUUAUUGAAGACCCUGAGCAGGUGCCAGGUGGAAAGAACAGUCGAACAAACAGCUUCUACCCCUAUCAGAACGAUUACGAGAUGAAGAUGGCGUUCAAGUACAUCUUCAUGACCGAGAACAUUACCGAGACUACCUGGGCGCUGUGGAUAGGCACGCAGUUGGAUAUGCAAAAGAUGCUCGGUGGGGAGGUCGAAAAGGCGGUACCAAACGCCUUGAAGCUGCGUGAGGACGGCCUGGAGAAAAGGUCAACCGGCCGCAAGACAGCCGAGCCCGAGACAAUCGAUCUCACAGACUCGCCGCCUCUGAAGAGUCAACCAGCGUUUGGCAUACCUACACCUCCCUACACCUUGAAGAAAGUCGGCGAACCAAGCAAGAGCAAGUUGACAGCUUUUAGAGAACAAGCGGAGGGUGCUACCGUGGCGAAACCGCUUAGCUUUCCCUCAUACUUCGACCAUCGUAGGCGCAUUGUGAGCUACAAAACGCUGCAGGAUUUCUACGGGCUGCUUGAUAAGAUCGAGCGAACUUCUUAUGUUGGCGCUGUAUUUCUCGAGGCAUACGCGGAGAAGUUGCGGGGCGAUAUGUGCAAAGCUUGCUGGUUGAAGCGCAACAUCAACCUAGACCUAUACUGA